UUUUGGCGGCCGUGACGUAAGGCAGCGAGCGGCACGCGCUUCCGGGUGAUGACUGUCAACCAGCAACAGCGAAAAGCCAGGUAAUGAUACCUACCCUCAUUCCACGAAUUUCUAUAUUCAACGUUCAAUCAUAAGUUAAGCAGCAUAUCUUACCUAGAACAACAAUCAGUCUAUCCAGCAUAUCUCGUUUCAAGAAUGACGAAACCAACAACUUCAAAACGCUGCCUCUUAUGGGACUACACCAACACUCGCGACCGCCCAGACGCAAUAGACCAACUCUUCCCAACCACGUCAUCAGCUACAACCAGCAAGGCCUCGGAAUCAGCAACUACGCCAUUGACAGUCACCCCAUUCAAAUCCGUCCACAACUGGAACGCAUGGUACCCCCCCGAACUCAAAGGCCGGCUCCCCUUCCGCCCCAUGAUCCGCACACGCGCGCAGCUGGAUACAGAAGAGUGGGACUGGAUCCGCGACUCGGACGCCGAGAUGGUCCACUACCUCAACGAGCCGGAGCGGCAGGGAAUCUCACCGGGCGACGCCGCGGCCUGGUGGCUGGAGAAAGUCGUGCCCGAGUUGCGGGAGACGAGGGGCAAGAAGCUUGUUGGGCCGGCGUGUGCUAGUGAUCCCGGGGGCGCGGCGUGGCUUGCGGAGUUUAUGAGGAUUGUCUAUGAAGAUGAGGAAAAGAAGGAGAAGCAAGAAGAGCAUGACGGGGAGAAGAAGAGGAUGGGGCCGGAUUUCUUUGGAGUGCAUUAUUACAGCGGUGAUGUUGAGCAUGCGAAACUGUACCUGACGUCUAUGUACGAGCGGUAUGGGCUUCCGCUCAACGUGUCGGAGAUUGCGUCUAUUAGUCGGGACCCGGGCGAGGUGGAGGUGUUCACGGAGGAGCUGAGCGGGUGGAUGGAUGAGAGGGAGUGGAUUGACGAGUAUGGGUGGUUUGGGUGUAUGGCACACUGCGCCGAUGACUUUGUGAGUCCUGCGGCGCAGCUCAUGGAUGGGGAGGGGAGGUUUACGCCGCUCAUGAGGCGGUUGAUGGGGCAUGAUCCGUCAUCGACGAGUUGUUGAGGUGAAGUUUGAUGUUGUUUCUUCCUCCAGAUUGGGAAUACCUACAUAGUUUGGGUUGAGGACGAUGCGGAGUAGCAAAAGUCCGGGCGUAUGCUGCAUUCCUAAGCAGAGUUCGUCAUCAGCAUGCUGGUAUAACCAUUUGUGACAGUAUCUGGAAAUUCUCGGCGUGUGCUUUGGGAUCGACGCGUAUUUCAUAGGCAUAGAAGCUUCAUGCUUCACUCGGGAGUAUACUACGGCGCACAUUGCUUCAACAAGUCGCAAACCGCAACUUACCGUCGCUUAGGCUAACCAUCUAUGACUUGUGUAAGUGGAG